AUGGUGACACUUUAUGUUCAGAAAGCGAAGGACCGUUAUGUUGCAAGGGAAUUGGCUUUGCUCAGGGCAUCCAAACCCCACCCACCAAUGGUCUCCCAUUUCGAUGAGAUUGAUGAUGCAGCCAUCGAAGAAGGCAUCAGGAGGGAGUUGGAGGAGGCCCCAUCCGCCGCUGAGCCGUAUGAUACUCCUCCCGCUGGUGAGGUCGUGGACCCAUCCACCGCUGACUCGCCCGAUGCUGCUUCCGCCCGUGUGACUCCGUCGAACAAACCCGACAGCGAUGUCGUGGCCCCAUCCGCAACUGAGCCGUCUGAUACUCCUCCCGCUGGUGAGGUCGUGGACCCGUCCACCGCUGACUCGCCCGAUGCUGCUUCCGCCCGUGUGACUCCGUCGAACAAACCCGCCAGUGAUGUCGUGGCCCGGUCCGCCGCCGAGACUUCUAAGACUCCUUCCGCCAGUGCCACGCCCUUGAAGGAACCUGCCAGCCAUUUGCCAAAAAAGCAGUUGUUUAGGAGGAACAAGCCGGUUGUGAGGACUCCGACCCCCCUCUGCAAGAACUGCAGGAUCCUUGCUGCCGAGCUGAAGGUGGUGAAAGAGCUGCUGGAAGCCGAAAUACAACGGAACGACGAACUGAAACGGCUGCACUUGUCGACCAAUCGAGAAAAGGCAGAGAAGUACAAGAGGCGCAAGUCCUACUCUCCGUCGAAAGCGCCGCAGUAUGUUAAACUGGUAGAGGAGUUCAGGGAGCACACGGAAGGUUGCGAUCCCACGCGGAAAAUGAAGGAGAAUGCCCGCCAGCGAGCUAACCACGUGCUGCACUUCCUGACGUUCAUGUCCAAGCCCGCUGUUCCACAUAUGAACCUACUCUUUCUCAAGGACUACAGUCGGAUCAGGAGAUAUGCAGCCCAUCUGGCUGACAAAAACUUAAAGCCCACGACCAUAAAAAGCUACCUGACGGAUGUCGUUGCAUUUUUGAAGUACGUUAUGAGUAUGGCGCCAGAAGGGGUGAAAUUAGGCGUGAAAAGCCUAAAUGCGCUGCUUGUGGAACUCCGGGCGAGGAUCAGGGACGUGGCGAGAGCUGUGGUGGGACAACAACUGGCCCAGCGCCGCAAAAAGUCCGGUGAACUGGUGAAAGCGACUAAUCACGCGUGGUUUCUUGAAAACGCACCAGACAGGAUCUCUGUUGCACUCGAACAUCUUGAGAAAACUCCUGCAGAUAAAAAAAGGCAGAGGAAGUUUUUCGGGCUCCUGAGUGGUUACAUCGUAGCGUUGACUGGGCACAGGAAAGGCGUCGUUCUCAACAUGACGCGGAAAGAGGUCAAAGCGGCAGAGAAACUGAAGAACGGUGAUCGCAUCAUACGGGUGGAGCAGCACAAGACGGCUCGCUACUUUGGCCAGGCGGCCAUACCGCUCACGAAACGGGAGUACUCCUGGUUCCUCAGAUACAACUGUCUCCGGUCUCGCAUAGAGGGAGGUCUAGAGGCAGUUACCUUUUUCCACACCUCCAGUGGCACAGAGUGCCUGAAGCUCGCCGAAUACUUCAAAGGGGCGUGGGAGUCGUUGCAGUUGGGAAAGGCUCCGAGCUUCAACCUCCUCCGUUCCUCUGUGGCUACUUACACAAAGAGGCAACUGGGAUCGAAGGCAUACAAACGAGUGGCGGCCUUCAUGUGUCACGAUGAGCACACGGCCAAGAAGUUUUAUCAUGCGGAAGACCCGGCAGCCGAGGUCUUUAACAGCCGAAACCUAUCCAUCACAGCGAUCUCUGCUUAUGCUGUCAAGAUCAGAGGAGGCACCCAGGAGAGAAGAGCCACAGAGGAGGUGGAAGACUGGGACAGUGUGGAGGAUGUGGAGGAUGUGGAUGAGGAGGAGGAUGAGGAGGAGGAUGAGGAGGAGGAUGAGGAGGAGGAUGAGGAGGAGGAUGAGGAUGAUGAGGAGGAGGAUGAGGAGGAGGAUGAGGAGGAGGAUGAGGAUGAGGAGGACAACGAGAAUGUGGAGGACCAAGACAUGGGUGAUGACGAGGAGAAAGAAGGGGUACUAAUUGAGGACUCGGAUAGAGAGGAUGAGAUAGAGGACCAGAAAAUGGAGGAAGAAGACUGUGCAGAUGAAUGCCCAGACGGGACUAGGACUGGGCCAAGUUGUCCGCUAAAAAAGCGGUCCUGUAAGUCUGAAACUGAACAGAAAAGGGACAAGUCUGAAGCCAAACAGAAGAGAGUGUCCUACAAACAUGUGCCUGAGGAGUGGUCCUGUGAGUCUGAAGACGAAAAGAAGGUCAAGUCAGAAGCCAAACGGAAGAGAGACUCCUCCAAACCUCCUGUGCCUGAAGAGCGGUCCAGUGACUCUGAACCCGAACAGAACAGAGACAAGUCUGAAGCCAAACAGAAGAGAGUGUCCUCCAAACCUGCUGUGCCUGAGGAGCGGUCCAGUGAGUCUGAAGCCAAACAGAAGAGAGACAAGUCUGAAGCCAAACAGAAGAGAGUGUCCUCCAAACCUGCUGUGCCUGAGGAGCGGUCCAGUAAGUCUGAAGCCAAACAGAAGAGUGAGUCCUCAAAGCCUCCUCUGCCUAAAGAGCGGCCCUGUGAGUCUGAAGCCGAGAAGAAAAGGGACAAGUCUGAAGACAAACGGAAGAGAGUGUCCUCCAAACCUCCUGUGCCUGAGGAGCGGUCCAGUGAGUCUGAAGCCAAACCGAAGAGUGAGUCCUCAAAGCCUCCUCUGCCUAAAGAGCGGCCCUGUGAGUCUGAAGCCAAGAAGAAAAGGGACAAGUCUGAAGACAAACGGAAGAGAGUGUCCUCCAAACCUCCUGUGCCUGAGGAGCGGUCCAGUGUGUCUGAACCCGAACAGAACAGAGACAAGUCUGAAGCCAAACAGAAGAGAGUGUCCUCCAAACCUCCUGUGCCUGAGGAGCGGUCCAGUAAGUCUGAAGCAAAACAGAAGAGUGAGUCCUCAAAGCCUCCUCUGCCUAAAGAGCGGCCCUGUGAGUCUGAAGCCGGGAAGAAAAGGGACAAGUCUGAAGACAAACGGAAGAGGGAAUCCUCCAAACAUCCUCUCGCCAGAAAGCAGCCUAGGUUUGAAGCGGGACGGAAGAGACGCUACUCCAAACCUCCUCUGGAUAGAAAGCGGCUUAGGUCUAAAUUGGAACAGAAGAGAGACUCAUCUGAAACUCCUCCCCCUAAAAAGCCCAAAAGGGUUGCAAAGUGCCUUUUCAAAACAAAUAGGGAAGUGUCCUCUGAAGAGGAAGGGGGGCUUCUUCCGACCGACACAGAACAAGAUGAGUUUGGCAGCACUCAGGGAGAUGAACAAAGACCAGUUGCAAAGGGUCCACCGGAGGAUGCAGGUCUGUUGGGGGAUGCGGUGGAGGCGAAGGGUCCGUCGGUGGAGGAUCUGUCGCAGGACGCAGGUCUGUUGGAGCAUGCGGUGGCGGCGAAGGGUCCGUCGGUGGAGGAUCUGUCGCAGGACGCAGGUCUGUUGGAGCAUGCGGGGGAGGCGAAGGGUCCGUCGGUGGAGGUGGAGGAUCUGUCGCAGGACGCAGGUCUGUUGGAGCAUGCGGAGGAGGCGAAGGGUCCGUCGGUGGAGGUGGAGGAUCUCUCGCAGGACGCAGGUCUGUUGGAGCAUGCGGUGGCGAAGGGUCCGUCGGUGGAGGAUCUGUCGCAGGACGCAGGUCUGUUGGGCGAUGCGUUGGAUCUGUCGGUGCAAGUGGAGGAUCUGUCGCAGGACGCUGGUCUGUUGGAGGAUGUGGUGGAGAUGAAGGGUCUGUCCCAAAACAGUUCAGACUCAUUUGAACUGCCCUGCAGGCAACCGGAGGCUGAGGAGAGGGGAAUUCUGACACCGGAGCAGGGUUAAAAAACUGACAGUGUGGUCAACACAGUUAAAUUUGAUUAAAAUCAAAAGUUCAUGGUUUUUCUCUGGAAAUAAAAACUGUAGACAAAAAUGA